GGAAAAAUAGAAAAAAAAAAAUUUCCCCGUGUUUAGAGAGCUAAAGGGACAGAACCCGUCGCUUAUAACAAGGGAGAAAACAAACCAAGCGUUUUAUUAUUUCAACAAAUUUCACCAGCGAGCAGGGUGUUCAGCGUUGACGAUCACCUACGAACAUUGCAAUGGGAUACAUAUUUCUCUAAAUUUUCCAGCACUAUUGACGCGAAGUUGGACAAGGAAUCGAACUCACGACUAGCGGAUGUUGUUGACUUUACAAGAUGCAAACACCAAGGUUCAUUGAUUAGAGGUUUGGCGACGCGUACCAAGCGCAACGUAUGCGGUGUUUGGUUUUAAAACACCCGAUAUCGGUGAAAAGGAACUUCACGAACGGAUUUUAGUUACUGGAAAAAUUGACUUGAUUCUUUACGAAAUGUUGAAAAACAUGGAAAAGUUUUAAUAAAUUAUUUUUUUAUUAUAAAUAUCAUUUACAUUUAAUUUUGUGAAAUGGUGAAUUUUUCGUUUAUCGGCCUGUGAAAUUGUGGAUAUAAAAUUUAUUUUGCUGAUAUAUUUUAACUAUUUGCUUUGACAAAAAAACAAAGUGGUUAUAUAUUUUUUUUUGUUUGUUCCGCUUUAAAUAAAAUACGAAAAUUGUAACCAUGGCAACAGACGACUCCUCCCUGCCUUCAAAGACAUCCGGCUCCCCGUCCUCGGUGCCGUGCCUAUCGCCCGGCCUUAACACAACGACGCCCAAAUCCCCGGCGCCCAAACCUGCCUCGGCCGCCCCGGCGCCCUUAAAAAAAUCCUCCUUCUCCAUCAGUAGUAUCUUAGGCGAGGAUAAAACAGACUCGGGCGACCGGCGCGAUAAGAACAGGGACGACAAGGACGAGGACGCCAGCGACAGGACUAAGGACAGCAGCAAGGAGGCCGUCGUGACCAGCAUCUCAGAUCUCUACCAGAGGUUCCAGCUCUACUCCGACCACGCCCGUCUGGCCCCGGGGCUGGCCUCCAGGGCGGCCAGUUACGGACUCUGGUACCCCUGGUACCCUGGUCUUAUCGCCUCACAACAUCCCGACGGUCUCAUAGCCUCUCAGCAUCCUGAUGGCUCACACCCCCUGGGGCCUAGGAUGCGACCCCCCUCACCAAAGGCGUCCUCUUCCCCCCUCUCCUCCAGGGGCGGAAGUCCCGAGCCCCACCACCACGAGUUUCUCGAGGACCGGGGUAGCGAGCGAGCCUGCUCCCCCUCCUUUAAGCGCCCCGCCGCCGACAUGUACGACUCGGCUGACGACGACAACGACAGCAAUAGAGGCGGAGGGAAGGAGGACAGCAAUAACAGCAAAGACGACAGUGAUGAUGAGGAGAGGAGGAAACAGAGGAAAAAGAAAACGAGGACUGUGUUCUCUAGAAGUCAGGUGUUCCAACUGGAGUCUACAUUCGACAUGAAGCGGUACCUGUCUAGCUCUGAGAGGGCGGGGCUGGCAGCGACCCUACACCUGACUGAAACACAGGUGAAGAUUUGGUUCCAGAACCGUCGAAAUAAAUGGAAGCGUCAGCUGGCCGCCGAGAUGGAGGCGGCCAACCUCUCCCAGAGGGCGUCACACCGCAUGGUGCGCGUCCCCGUGCUCUACCACGAGAACAACUUCCCCCCGCCCCACACCCGCCCCGACUCCCUCCACUCGGGCAGCUCGCCCCCCAUCAAUCCGUCCUUGUCGUCCUCGCUCUCCUCCCCCCUCCCCUCCACCCUCACCUCCUCCCUGAGCCCCCUGUGCUACCCCCACCACUACCCUCACAUCUCCUCCCUACGGUCCCUCCACGGGGCCGUCUGA